GACCCAUCCGCGAUGGAUCCAGUUUCAGGGCUACUCAGUAUCCAAGGCGAAUCAGGUAGCCGUGAACUCGGAGGCAGGGGAGCUGCCUGUAUAGGCGAUCACAUGCAGAUAACGAGUGAUGUGCGAGGAUGGAAGAUCGCGGAAGCUGGUCUUGACCAUGACAAUGUAUCCGGUCCGUGCUAUGGACGAAAGCGACGAGGAGCGGGACUCGAGUGGCGACGAGGACAUUCUCUGGGUGGCCCGCCGUCGGCAGUUCCGAGAUGGGCCAUUGCGCACGUGGACGAUCCCUGCAAAGCCGACCUCCCGCACGGGUCGGUCUAGCUCAGCCCCACCAACAUUUGCGCCCACUAAAGUUCCUCUGCCCGUCGACGCCGGGCCAGCUAUCACUCAUCACCGCACCGACAUGCUUGCUACUGCUACCAUUGAUCAGAACCAGAAUCUUGCCUUCGAAGACGAUGACUGGGUUCCUCCAUCUCCUCCGCAGAAACUCUAUCGCGCCGCUUCUGUGGGAAACAGCUGGGGCGUAACUUCGUUCGGCCGUGGCUUCGACUGGGACGAGCACGACACCGACAAGCAAUCCCCACCUACUUCCACAGUUGAGCGCAGCUCACGAUCUCGUCCCGAUCCCCCUGUUCCCAGCAGGGACGCUACCAUCACUCCCCUGAGACAUCGUCAAAGUCGCGCGAAUGGUCACGCUGUGGGGAAAAAUGGGCACGCAUCCAACUCAGGGGCCUCCACGAGUGGCAUGACAAUCGACACGCUGCCGAUACUAUCUCCAAGUGCUGGGACAUAUACCGCCACCCCUUUGACCCACUCACCAGCGGCAUCGCCGCCGCCAUCUCCGCAUCUCUUCCCCCGCACCGCAUCUCCGCAGCCGCAACCUUCAUCGCCAGCUUCUUCGUCUUUAUAUCGCGUUCCAAGUUCUCCUCGUCUCAACGGCCCGCCGCGGCCUCGCCGUCGCUCGUCACAACAACGUGUCUCACUCAUCGCCGGCCGCGUUUCGAUUGUUCCAGUGGAACCCCCAUCUCCACCUCCUACCGCGCCGCAAACAUUGGUUCGUACCAAUAGCGCGGCAAGCUACCUCAGCGUAGCAUCUAGUACGGGACCACCCACCCCGGACUCUGAAGUAGAGGCGCUCAGUGAGCGCAGCAUUUCGGAGUUUGUCAUCGAACGAGAGAUUGGUCGUGGAGCGUAUGGUCUCGUGAAAAGGGCGCGAGAGAUGCACAGCAACGGCACACUAGGGCCACCGCUGGUGAUCAAGCAGAUCAUCAAGUCGCGCAUACUGGCGGAUUGCUGGAAACGGCACCCCAAGUAUGGAACGAUCCCCAUUGAGAUCUACGUCAUGUCUGCGAUAUCUAACACACACUACAUCUUACCUCCUCGUCGACCCUGGGAUCCCUCACGUUUAUCUGAUCAGCCCGAUGACUGGUGGAUAGAGGGCAAGGUGGUCAACGGGCACCCGAACAUCUGCCCCCUGCUCGACUUUUUCGAGGAUAAUCACUACUAUUACCUCGUGCUGCCCUCGACGACUCCAGAACCUAAGGAAGGAGAAUCGCCACCGCCAUCAGAUCUGUUUGAUCUCGUCGAGAGCUAUCCACAUGGUCUCCCUCCGAGCUCAAUAAGGUCUUAUCUCGGGCAGAUCGCAGAUGCCAUGUGUUUCUUGCAUGCGAAGGGGAUUGUACAUCGUGAUAUCAAGGACGAGAAUGUGGUUCUCGGGCCUGCAGGGAAAUGCGUUUUGAUUGACUUCGGAAGCUCCGGUCUCGUGAAGAAGGGCGGAUGGGAUACGUUCAGCGGCACGCUGGAUUACGCUGGCCCAGAGAUUUUGAGGGGAGAGCGUUACUACGGCAAGGAGCAGGACGUGUGGGCUUUUGGCGUUGUGGCCUACGUCAUGCUUGUGGGUGAAUGUCCCUUCCAGACAGCCGGCGAGGCGCAAGAGGGGCUUCAGUCACCUUUUUCCAAUGCAGCAAUCGCACUGGAUGAGAGGUGUGCGGAUGGGAAGGAACACGAUGGCAAAGAGCUGGACGGAGGAGGAGCGUUGGAUGAUGCUGCCGCGCUUGUCCGCGCUUGUCUGCAGGUGGAAGUCAGCGCACGGCCGACCUUCCAGACCAUUUUGCAGAGCCGCUUCCUGAGUGGGCGAGGAGGCUGGGGAGCGGACGACUGAUGGAGACGAUAGUCGGGAAGACUGUCCUCAUGGUCGUUAUCGAUGCCUCCUAGCGCUAGAAACAGUUCCUCUGAUAGACCACUGCACUGUACAAUCUGUCACUCUACUCACGCUUACCUUGUGUACCAACUCUUUAUCGCAUCUGCGCUAUACAACGCAAUUGUGUGCUAUUUUCGAACCGUCUAUCACUCACCACGUACUUACGCACCUGAUACUUUUGUUCCAGCGUUCAUCGCUCGCAGACAUUCCAGGAUGUACCACAACCUGCCACAUCGUUCGCAUUGAGUACGGCCAUUGAAAAUAAUUUUCUGUAUCUGUAGAUGAGUUGGAACGGUGUAGAAGAAUUGCACAUGGAAAUUCUAAGUGGCA